UGGCAUUCAAAAUGUUUUAAUGUUUUUGUAGAAAUUCUUUAAUUUGUGGUUAUAACGCGGGUUGUAUUAUAUUUUUUUUUACCUUUUUGUUUUUUGAUUUGUUCUUCAUAAUGGGUUCGUUCUCUUUUUGGAACCGUUGUUGGUUUUUGAAUUAAGAUGUGAUGUUCGAUGGGUAUUUUUCUGAAUGGAGUAAAAAGCUCUCUGAAGUCUGAAAUUCCUUUUUGAAGUCCUGCUAGUAAUUGAUAUUCGGAUGCAUCCCUUUGAGUUUGCACUUCGCAGCUUUCGUGAUUUCAGUACUGAUUUAGAAUAUUUACUUUUUCAAAAAUAUUUUGUCGGUUUGAUUAUAUUUGACAAUCUCUUGUUUAUUCUUAAUCUUGUUGGUAGUGUGGUUUGCGUAAUCCUUGUGUUGGGGAGAGCUAAAGUAAUUGGUUUAUACAAUUCUAAACAAUGAAAGAACAUAUAUCGUAGUUCGUUAAGAGUUUCAGUUCUUUCAUGAUCUUGAGAUUCCUCCCUUGAUUUGCCUCGGCAAAGUCCACUGUCCACUUAUUUUCUGGGUAUUUUGGCAAUCUGCCUUGGGAGGAAUCUCUGUCUUAGCGCAUGAAAUUAUUUUGCUACAUGCAAGUCCUUCAGUCUUUGUACUAACAUCAUCGAAUGAGCCUCUCAUGGUUUUCUUCCAUAAAUUUGCAUUGGAUUAGCAGGGUAAAGCUUAAGGGAGUUUAAUUAUGAAGUUCAAACAAGGGAAUAAAGUAGAGGUGCUGAGGAGGAAAAAGGAUCUAUUUGGGUCUUGGUAUCCUGGAAAAAUAAUUUCAGUAGAUGGAGAUCACUACACUGUUAGAUACGAGGCAUUUCUAAACCAUGAAGGAAAGCCAGUUGUUGAGAAGGUUUAUGCAAAAGGUGUUAGGCCUCAACCGCCAUCAAUGAAGGGAGGGGAACAAUGGGCUGUUGGUGAUACAGUUGAGGUCCUUGAUGUUCAUAGUUGGAAGCCAGGGAAAAUUGCUAAAGUCAUGAACAAUAAUCGGUUUGUCAUCAGAAUGUUUGGGUCCAUCCAGCUUAGGGAAUUUGACAGAAAUACUCUACGGGUUUGGCAAGUUUGGCGCAACAACAAGUGGGCUUUGAGUGGGAAGGUUGAUGGAACUAAACAAAUUGACACUAAAGUUGUGCAAAUUUGCUCGAAGUAUUCUCAUGGCUUGGGAGGUGGGGAAUGGGAAGAGUUCAAGACAUUCAUUCCUGGGAGAACAUUGAAGAGGAAACAUAAUUGUUGUUAUGAGUCAUCGCAUUAUGAUGCAGUCUGCCAAGGAGGUGGUAAGAAAGAGAAACCAGUCAUAAAAAUUGAAGGAUGUGACGGAUUGCCCAUGAGAACUCUUCCAUUCCCCAAGCAAGUGGAUGCUUUUUCUUCCCAAAAUUUCAAAAUGGGUAAGAAAUGCGUAAAUGGAUCUUUUGAGAUGGAUGUUAAAACAGACAAAACAAACAAUUAUGUGCUUCAUCCAUCUGCAAUGCCUGUUCAGGUUACUGAAGAGAGUAAACAAUGCUCUGCUUCUAGUUGUAGUAGUAAUGAUCACCAGGAAUUUACUGCUCAAAAUUUCCAACAAUCAUCUGGGAAAAUUGCUUUUAGUUCUUCCAGUGAUGUUUGUUCAUCCUGUCCAUCUAUGACCAGGUUGAAAGGUUUACCUUUCUGUGUCAAAGAAGAAUUAGAAGCCAACAUACAUAAACUAGAGCUACAUGCUUAUAAAUCAACUAUGCAGGCGUUGUAUGCUUCUGGUCCUCUAAGUUGGGAACAAGAGUACCUCUUAACAAACCUUCGUCUAUCUCUUCACAUUUCAAAUGAGGAACAUCUUAACCAGCUCAGGUACCUCUUAUCUUAACAAGUUCUUUGACCACCCUUGUUGAUUUUCCUUUUCUUACUAGGCUAGAAUUAGAACUAGAUAAGUCUCAGUCAAUUGACAUUUUUUUUAAAUGUCCAUCCUCUUGUAAUUAUGUUGAGUUAACAAAUAAAAGCAGGGAAUCCUCUACCACGUUUUAGGUAGACCUAAAAUGAGCUCUGAAAAAUAUUCCAGCACACUGCUUGUAUACUGUAGAUAUAUGUAAAUGUUAACGAGGAGAUCUGGUUUUAGUUCUUGAAAUUUGAGGCCUUAAAUAUGCUUUAUUAUAAAAGGUGUAUCUCCCUGUUGUUGUUUGUUAUUUUAAAUGACACUUUAAUUCACUGUAUUUGAUUUAGAAUCAUAAAACUACUUUGCC